AUGUCCACCGUUGGUGGUUUGUUUAGACUCAUGGAGAUGGAUGGAGAAGGUUUCUUGUCGGGCAUUCUCCUGAAUGGACAAGAUGGCCAUGUUGAUGGUUUGGACGACCUCACCAUUCCAAUCUCUCCAGAUUCACAGACUAGUCCAGAUGUCGAAGUGGAAGUUGUGCCACCAAGUCGUGCUAACAAGAUUUCAGAAGCAUUGAAGCUGUACACAGAGCAAGACAAGGACAAAAAGAAAUUCUCGCUGAUGCCUUGUUGGAACAUACUGAAGGGGGGAGACAAGUGGGCAGCAAAGAUGGUUGAAAUUGCAGAGCUAGAGAAGCUAGAAAAAUGCAAGAAGAAACAGAAGGCCGCAAAGGUUUCCAGGCCAAGGGAUGAAGAAGGCACGAACACUGAACAAGCAGUCACAGAUGUUGUUGGGCAAGAAACACAAGCAAGAAAAAGGUCAGAUGGGAUUAAGAAGGUAAAAGAAAAUCAUAGGCGCGGGGGUGCGGAAGCUUGCGUGGAGGCGUUCGACAAAAUGUGGGCAAAGAAGGAGUCCGAUAAGGAAAAAGAAAAGGCAAAACAGGAGAGGUUCAUAGCUGCACUUGACGUAGACAAGGAAGCUCUAGCGCUAGAGAAAAUAAGAGCUGAUGCUGAUCUCAAGAGAGCUGAUGCAGAACAGAAGAGAGCUGAAGCAGAACAAAAGAGAGCUGAAGCGGAGUUGCUGAAACAGGAAAAAGAUAUUAUGUUGGCGGACAACAACGGCCUAAACCCGGCGCAGCUUCAAUGGCUUCAGAUGAUGCAGAAGGACAUUGUUGCUAAGCGUCUUGGAAAUCAAGUUUAG